CUCUCCUAACCUCCUCUCUUCCUUUCCUCCUUUUCGUUUAUGAAACUCCUCCUUUUCCUCAAUAUUUCUCUUUCGCCUUUUCCCCAACAUGCAUCUCUUCUUCAUUUUCUCUUCUGAAAGAACCCCAAGUCCAAGUCGAUUAAUAAACCAAAAGUAAAAAACCGGCGCAAUAGUUGAAUAACCACCCGCUGUUCGUCAGUGCCUUCACCGAAGUCACCGGCGACGGCGAGGCCUUGUCCUUCGCCCGACAUUCCCUUGCCUUCAAAGUUGUUUACCCAUAAAAAUUAAUCUUGUACCACAUCGAUUAAAAACAAGGAAUUAAAUGGCUUUAUAAGGCCAACUUAAUUAUAUCAGUUUAAAUCAGUUGAGUGGGCCAUGAGGAUUGGGUUUUUGGGCCCAUUACUCCGUUCCACCACGCGCGCCAUGCAUAUCCAAAUUUGACUAUGUACGAGAGCCACCCCCAUGACACGCAGAGGGGGGUGGGCAUCAUACCACCACCCCCAGGACGUGGCAAGGGGGUGGACAUCAUACCGCCACCCCAUGACAUGGUGAUGGGGGUGAUUGCCGAAUUUGGCUAAGGCAAGGAGUAUGGGAGCUACCCCCAGGAGGUGCCAAGGGGGGUGGCCACCAUCAUACCACCCCCAGGACGUGGUAAAGGGGGGGGGGGUGAUGGCCGAAUUUGGCUAAGGCAAGGAGUAUGGUAGCCACCCCCUGGAGGUACCAAGGGGAGUGGCCACCAUCAUACCACCUCCAGGACAUGCCAAGGGGGGUGGCCACCAUAAUACCAUCCCCCAGGACGUGGUGAGGGGUGGUGAGCAUCAUACCAAAACCCCCAUGAGGUACCAAGGGGGGUGGCCAUCAUCAUACCACCCCCAGGAGGUACCAAGGGGGUUGGUCACCAUACUAUCACCCCCAGGACGUGGUGAGGGGGGUGAACAUCAUACCGCCGCCCCCAUGACAUGGAAGAUGAUGAGGGUGGAAGGAGCAACCCCCAUGAGGUGGUCUGGGGACCACCAACAUAGCACCCCUAUGGUAUGAUCAGGGGGUGAGGGGUCACCAACGCCAACUCCCAUGAGGAUGAUAUAGUGGCGGGGGUGAUCCAUAUGACCCCCAUGGAGGAUGCCCAAUGGUAUGGUGAGGGGGUCACCAAUGUACACCCCCAUGGUAUGGCCAAGGCAAGGGGGUCAUGUGAGCAACCAUUUUUACUCAAUGGAUAAGCAAAACUACGAAGGAGAUGCCAAGAGCAGAGGUUUCAAGAGGAGGAAGUCAAGACUGAAGAGGAUCCCACAUCCAACAUCAGGGUAACCGUCAUAGCAGUUGAGUGGGUAACCGUCACUCCACGUCAGCAGAGCAGUUUCUUGGGGCAGUUACUUCUGGUGGCUAUAAAUAGGAGGUGAAGAUGACAGAGAAAAUGUUCGCAAAAAUCUCAACUCGACACCACUUGUUAAGUUUUAUCUUUUUUAUCUUUUCCUCUGCAGAUUUUAGCCAUAGUCGUAGUUUUUGGAGCUCUAACUGAACCUCCAUAGGAGUAGGGCUAAUUUAAUGUAGAUUUGCCUCAUAGUUCAUCAAAACAUUGAACACCCUUGUUUGAACUUUUUUCAAAGAGGUGUGAACUGUGUUGUUUGAUCGUUUGUUUGGGAGUCAAAGGUGCAAAAUCCAAUUCUCUUUCCUUUAUUUUUCUCGCCGGGAAAACAAAUUGGCACACCUGGUGGGACACGUGUGUUCGAUUUGAUGGCUCCGAGGCGGAGGAAUCAAGAAGGUGACGCUCUCGCUGGUUUUGUGGAGGAGCAAGUGGCCAACAUUGAACAUGGCCAAGUGUCAGAGGCGGUGGCCGGAAACAAUGGUGGGGCGGAGAUCCUACCAACGGCGACGCCUAGUGGAGAUAUUGGUGAAGCAGUGGGGGUCCUUCGUCAAAUGAUGGAGGAGAACCGCAAGCUGGUGGUAGAGAACCGUCAAGCCACAGAGGAGAACCGCCAAAUGAUGGUGGAGAACCGCCGCAUGAUGGAGGAGGCUAGAGCUGCUUCUCAUCAGGUAAAUUCUCAAAUGGACUGUCUUAAUUCUAGAGUUCAUAGACGUCUAAGUCAAUUACAUGAAGUGGUUAAUAAGAACAAAAGUGAUUUUGAUGAGUUUAGAAGAUUUUUAACCACACCAAUAAUCCAGUCUAGAGCUCUGCCAUUAGAUGGCGGGAAUCCAAACCCCAUUAACGAUUCUGUAAAUUCUAGUUCAUCUCCCGUCGGCGGCGGAAAUGGUCAGCCACGGCAAGAUAACCUCUUUCUGUCGAUGACAAACCAACCAACUCCUCACCGCAUGAAUCGCGGCGAGAUUCCUGCCACUACUCAAGUGGAAGGGGUACCCAAUGUGGGAGUUGGAGAAAUUCCCCCAUGUGGUGAGAAUUUGGGAGUUACACAUUCUGCUCCAGUGGAACCGCCACCCAUACCCAUACCAGUGGCAAGGCCCUAUACGGUGCCUGCUCACAUGGGAGGGGAAGUAGGCUUAGGUGGGGAGAUCAAGUUCCUCCCAGAGCAUACCAAACACCCAUGCCACCCCAUUUCAAUGGGCAUGACAUGGACCCCAUGGGUUUCGUACCCCAAGGGGGGCAGCCAGGGGGGCAUGAUCCCAACACUCUAAGGGACCAGGUGGCUCAACUUCUUGCAGAGCAAUUUGGCAUGGGAGUGAGACCCACCAUGCCACCUAUUUAUCGAAAACCAUACCCUGAGUGGGUAGAUAGACUCUACCCAUUCCCAAGGGGGUUUAGAGUCCUCGAGUUUGCCACAUUCACUGGGACAUGGGACCAGUCUACUGUGGAGCACAUUGGACGU